AUUUUAAAUAGUUGUUUAUCUGUCAAAUAAGAGAAGAGAGAGAGAGAGAAAAAAAAAAUUAUGUACAAAUCAUUAAUAAAACCUUCAAUUGAUUUAAUAUCGUUACUAACCAUAACUUUAACGCUACGUCAACAACUAACAGCUACGAAAAAGCAACCAUUAGCCACGUCAUCAAAGUCAUCGUCAUCACCAUUAACAGCACCAUUACUAGCACCGCGAAGACCAACUACAAAAAUAACGACAGCACCAACAACAUAUCAAUGCCAAAUGUUACGUCAAAAUUUAAAUGAAUUUAUUAUCAAAUCCAACAACAAUAAUAAUAAUAAUAACAACAACAACAACAACAAUAAGCUGCGUAUAACCAAUAUCUUCUAUAAUACAUACGAUUAUGCUGUCGUACUAUUCACGUUGUUGUUGCUGUUAGUUGAAACACCACUAAGUGUGCAUGCGGGCUUGUGCAGCGAGGCUCAGCUAUGUUGUAAUGGACGUGACUCAUCGUGCGUUGUGCAAAAAGCACCCAUAAAUGCCAUUAUUGAGGAUCUAAGUGAUAAACCAUGUUAUUGCGAUCAUGCCUGUCUCAAGUUGGGCGACUGCUGUGUGGAUUUUAAAGAUCAUUGUGGAGUACUCGAUUGCCAAGUUAGUGACUGGGGUCAAUGGAGUGAAUGCAAUGCGAGUUGUGGUACCGGUAUAAUGACACGAACACGUAAAAUUUUGCAAUCACCCCAGAACGGUGGUAAACAUUGUCCGACUUUAAUGCAGAAACGUGGCUGUCAAGGAUAUCGAUGUCACGGACAUCAUGAUAAGAAAAUCUUAAGAGAAACGGCUUUAUUAUUGCCUGCAGCAUUGUCAUACAGUCGCCAUGCCAACGAUAGUCAUGAUAUACGACGCAAUUUGCGUUUACGUUAUCAUGACUCGUACAAGCAUAAUCGUGAACUGGAAUACUGUGUAGAGUUUGAAGUCCUAAAGUCUUCCAAGACCUGCCAUAAAUUGCCACCGUACAACUUAAUGAUAGAAGGUGAUCGUAUUACUGUGCGCUGCGAUCUAGAAGCUUUUGUCUACGAUAAUUCCAGAUCAAAUUCUGUUAAAAACGACACACAUAAGUCCCAGACUCAUUUAGGAACAAAUUUGGAAUUCAUGCAGAAUUCUCAGCAACAAAAUCUUGAUGAUGAUAAUGACAGUCUAGAGGAGAACGACGAAGAGGAGGAUGAUGAAAAUAUGAUAGACGGAAGCAGUAGUGAUCAAGAGCAGCAGCAGGAUGAUUAUGAUAGUUUAACAUUGAAAAGGAAAAUCCGGACUACUACCAGCACAACAACAACGACUACGACCACAAUUGCACCUGCGUUACUAAACACUCCACCGAACUAUCAUUGUCGCGGCGAAGGCCUGCCAGGACGAACUACGCGAUGGAGUGCUUUAGCUGCGCCAUCUUGCCGCGGUAAAUGGUUAAGGCUUACUCUGAGAACACCUAAAAAAUGUACACAUGCGCAAUUCAUUUAUGUUUAAUUGACAUAAUGUAAACAUAACACUUGUAUGCUUUUCGAUGAUUUAUAUAUAAAUGAAAAAUUUUUAUUUUUUUUUCUUUCACCAUAUCUUACAAUAAGAACUUCUUUUCAUCUCCAAACAUUGGAAAGAGAUAAACUUAAAAAUUAAAAGGAAAUACCUUAUUAUGUAUGUAGUAGGUAAACAAAUAAGAAAAAAAAAAAAAAAACAGAAAAAGCGAAAUAUUAAUAAUUAAGUUGACGAUCACCUUUCCUUAUGAACCUACAUGCAGCAAUCAUUACGUCAUUUCGUUUUUAAAAUCAUUGCAAAAUCAAUGUGUAUGAAAUAAAUGAAUAAA